UCUUGCGUAUUCCUUUACACUCCCAUUUCCCUGUCGUUCCACCGGCGGCGGUUCCUUCGGCGUUCCACGAUCCCCCUCUGCUUGCCCGUUACUUGCCCGUUACUUGCCUGCUACUUGCCUACUGCUUGUCUCUUGUCCCGUCGUUCGUUCGCUCGUUAUUUUGUGCCAGUGAAUCCAGAGAGAGUGGAGCAGAAAUCGAUGGUCGCCUAGGCGAGAGAGAUUCCUCACCGGACUUGACUUUCUCGGCAGACCGCGGCUUGCAGCCCCUACCGGCCUUGAAGCCCAGUUUGGAGCCCAACCCAAUCGCGAGAACACAUCGAUUCGCAUUUGCGGCUGAAAGCUGACGUACUCACACGCUCUUGCCAGCUCCUUUGCCCUUACACUCAGGCACUCAGGCACUCAGGCACUCAGGCACGAACGCACGCACACUCACACAUGUAAUACUGGGUGAGGAACACUCAAAUUAGAUGGAGAGUGAGAAGGUGUAGGAAGGAACAACUGGGGGAGAGGUAUUCUGAUCCACAUACAUAUACUAAUUGGAUCCAUCCCGUGGUCCCAGCGAGCCUCAUUCGUAUCAUCUGACUGAUUGACCACUUUGAUCUUCCAUUCCCACCAUUGCCAAUGGCUUUUUAGUAGGGAACUUUAUCAGUGCGGUUUCUGUGUAGUGACUGUCGUGUUCAACUAGUGGAUCUGAUUCUGCAUCUCAAGGCACAGACAACGUUCUUGGAAAGAAAUUGGAAUUUGGUUCCUGUUGUCUCGAAGAACUCAAUUUAUCACCAUGGCGGAAUACAGCGAUGAAUUGACUCAUUUCGAAAAUGUUCGCAAGCUGGAUCCUGAAUUUUACCGAAUCCAUGCCAAGAUUGCCACUAGUAGGCACGCAACCAAGAAACACUCAAUGACGGCAUUGAAUGCAUGUCUUCUGUUUUGUUUGUCCCUGGUCGGCCUGGUUGCCCUGAGUUAUGUCCUCUUCGAUCCCAUGGUGAAGCAUAUUGUCCUCAAGAAGCUAGUACUUCAAAAUUCGAGCGAGGUGGCUCAUCUAUGGGAAGAACCGCCCAUCACUCCACAUUUGAAAAUCUACUUUUUUAACUUCACAAAUCCAGAACAAGUGUUUGAUGGGCUUGAGAAACCUAAGCUACAGGAGGUCGGUCCUUACGUUUACCAUCAAAAAUGGAUCAAAGAAGGGGUCACCUGGCACGACAAUGGUACCAUGAGUUACUCCACGAGAAAGAUCUAUACAUUUAUGCCCGAGCUAUCGGAAGGUCAUCACUCCGAGGAUAUAAUUACCACUCUGAAUAUUCCAAUGCUGAGUUCAUUUUAUCAAAUGAGAGAUGCUAGCUUUUUCACCGUGUGGGGUUUGCAGACUAUUUUGUACAGCCUUAAAUACAAACCUUGGGUGAAAAAAACCGUGGAGGAGCUCGUUUGGGGCUAUGACGAGCCUUUGUUCGAAGUGGCUAGUAUGACUUUGCCCAAUCCUCCUACAUUCGAUAAGUUCGGACUUUUCUAUGAUAAAAACACCACCGGAACACUGCCAAAAUAUACUAUGUUUACUGGAGAGAGAGAUCCUUACAAACUCAGUAAAAUUAGUCUCUUCAACGGGGAGGCUCAUCUGGACUUUUGGAACGACGACCAAUGCAACCUCGUCCAAGGAAGCGAUGGAGCCACUUUCAGUCCAUACAUACAAAAAGACGAAAUCCUCUGGUUCUUCAACGAUCAACUUUGUCGAUCCUUGCCAAUGACCUACAGCCAAACCGUCCACUCCAAGACUAUUGAAGGCUUUAGGUUCGUACCGCGUGAGGACGUGUUCAUGACUCCAGCCUCUUAUCCGGCUAACGAAUGCUUCUGUACUGAUCCGGUUCUGUGCGACAUGAUUGGCGAUGGCAUGUUUGCCAUUUCCAAAUGCCAAUUUGAUGCUCCUAUUGUCUUGUCUUGGCCUCAUUUUAUGGGCGCCAAUCAGAGCUUCUUGAAUGCUGUCGAAGGGUUAAAUCCGCGGGAGGACAAGCACCAGUUCUAUUUUGAUGUUCAACCCACAACAGGGACAACGCUGGCUGCCAAGGCCAGAAUCCAGAUCAAUUUUGCCAUCAAAGCCUCGAGUUCGUUUGAGGAAGUCAGUAAAAUCAACGAUACGGUUGUCCCUAUUUUAUGGUUCGAGGAAGGUCUUGACGAACUUGGGGAUGACCUCGUCUCCCUUAUUUCCAAGGCUGUGACGGACCCUCCGCGCUACAAGAACUACAUCUUCUGUGUGCUCUUGGGCCUCUCAACCUCCACCUUGGUCGUAGCUUUCGUAGCUCUGGUCAGGGUCUGCCUGAAUCGCCGAGCCAAAGAUCUCAGUGAGGAUGCUAUCUCAACGGUUCGCGAGACCGCACAGAAAUUGCUCCAUCAGCCUCAUCGAGAUGGAAACAACGAGUUCUCCCAACCCAUGUUGCCUGCUACAGGGAGCAAUAGUGGGAUUGACUCGGGUUUGGUGAGCUCGGCCAGUUCCAGGUUGACCUCAGCCAGCCACAGUCGGAACACUUCGGCGGGUUCAGCCUCGACGUUUGGCCCGGUAGAUGCUUCGGAACAGUUGGAACUUAUCAUCAGCAAUGAGGUUGAUGCCCGGACCAUUUGCUCAAACGCGUCGAAUUCCACGUCAAAGGCUAAAAAAGCCAAAGCUAGUAAGAAAACCAAAGGAAUAUUCAACAUCCGAACCUAAAAUCUGAUCUUGAAGAUGGUGCAUUAAUUGCCCGCCCAUGUUAUGCCGUUGGCACGGCCACCAACCCGGAUUUGAAUAACCAAACCCACCGAGUGUGCCUUUUCCUGAAUUCAUUAGUUCGAAAGGGAGAAGAGAGGGCACCAGGGUCUCGGAUAUGAUGCUAUGUCUCACAGUUUAUGGCGGACUCGAAUCAUCGAUGUCAUCCUGACCCUCGUUUUCCCUGCGUGCAGUCUAGGAAAUCAAUUUCUCAGUUUCCUUGCUGAAUCUUGAAAGACCACGAAUGUGUUUAAUCUCGUCGCUCUGUUGAACAGAGUUUGUGUUAACUACCAAAAUGAAAUGUGGUGAUUUUCCCUGCGAUAUCUUGUAGUCAAAGUUCUCCCCAAAGAUCUCAGAAAAACACCAGGGCCCUUUGCCUUUUCCCAAAUUUCUCUUUGUGGACAUUUUAAGCCCAUCUCCCAGGCUUGAUAUUUUCCCCCUGUUCUUUACUUUUUCCAUCAUCUAAUAACCAUUAUCAAACAGAGUAUGAAGUUGCCAUAACCACCGUGUGAGCCAAGUCUUUCGAGACGAACCUAUAUUAUAGCUGAAAAACCAGUUCGAACGCGAUACGAGCAGUAUUUUUUAAUCAUCAUGAAAGAAGUUCAGAACAAAAUGGCCAUGUUUUUGAUUUUGUCCCCAUAUGAAUGAACCUCCAUUGCCGCCGCCCCCGCCGCCGAUCCCACCCCCUCUCAAGUUCAUCAAUGUUCAGAAGAGAGGUAUACGAUCCUUGGUUCCCCAUUUGAAUAACCGUUCUGCAGACGCGGCGAUACCAACACAUUCAGUGUUGUUUCCCACUCUGAUAUUAUAGUUCAUAGUUCUACCAGUUAUAACCUAUCAACCAAGGAUUGGUGUUUACCAUCUCGAUGUACUCACCCUUUUUGGGCAAACAUCGUCGUUUCUUGAGAACGAAAUUAUGUGAGCGCGAAAUCGCAAGCAGGUCUGUUCUUGGCCCUGUUAAAGAUGUUCCUGUUUGGCUGUGCAUUAACAUAUUUAAUAUGACAACACAAACCCCAUCUCGAACCUUUAGAUACCAAAUUUUGAAAUACAUCUUUCUGUUCUGUUAA